AACAUUUGGGUGUCAAACUCUGAAACCAAAAGCCAAAAAGGUUAAGGGUCCGUGUCUGUCUUAGAGAGAGAGAGAGAGAGAGAGAAUUCAGAUCCAAUCUUAGGUAGGAGAGACCGACCCACUUCGCGUGUUUUGUUUUCCUCGGAAAUUCAGAAGAUGGUUGCGAGAACAACCCCACCAAAGCAGAGGAAAACUUUAGCUUCCCUCAACCCUCUUCUCAUUAAAGAAACACUCAACAAGGUGGAUCAGUGCGUGGCUCGGCUACAAGAACUUCAAUACACUGUAACUGGUGGAGCCAAGGUGGUUUCAGGGGUCAAUCUCAGUCCUCGAAGCACCAGAGGUUAUCUCAGAACUAGUCUCAGGUGCAAGCAAGAAUCACUCAGGAUCAAGAAUGGUGGCACAAGGAAAUCUCCAACGGGGAAGUUUCCCUCUCCACCAAACACAGGUGAAUGGAAGAGAAUGUCUUUGCCUGCAAUGCUUGUAGGAGAAACUCUAGGAGAAAUUUUACAAGCUAGUCAAUUUGCAAGAGAAAUUGUUUCAGCAGUUGGUGUGAAAACUCCCUCCAAGGAGAACCCAAAAACUCCAAUGUCACAAAGGUCAAGAAGUAAAUUAAACCUUGAAAACACACAACUCAAGGCUAGAAGGAAUAAAGAAAAACAAGCUAAACUACAGAAUGAUGGUUCUCCCCCCUCACUUCAAAAAGCUCGUUCAAGAAUCACUUUUAAGGUUUCUCCUCCAAAAGUUAGAGAAUUUGACAGAGAAAAUAACAAGUAUUUGUCUUCGGCAAAUAGGGUAUCUCCAAGGAAUAGACCAUGGGCUAAAAAGACAGUACUAUUCCCCAACCCUUUGUUCCUUUCAACUCAUUCUUCUUCAUCACAGUCACAGCAGCAACAGUUUUGCAAAACAAGGUCACCUAUCAUUUCAAGAAAUAAAGGAACAACAACGACGACAACAACAGUAACACCACACAAGUUUUUGAUCAAAUCUCCACCUUCAAAAAACUCCAAAUUUCAAGUCCAAAUCAAAAGCACAAAUGUGUCUAUUUCACCUACAAGACUUGCAAGUUUCAGCAAGAAUUCUCCUAAGAGAUCAGCUGCGUCUAAAUUUCGUCGAUCUUUCUCUCCUUCAAGACUAGCAAACAGAUUAGUUUCACCAUUAAGAAGCAAGAAAAGUACACAGAAAAGUGAUGUUUUUGUAAGUGGACUGAAACAGCGCCCAGCAUCAACAAUGCAAUUCCCUACUAGAAGAAUUUAAGAACAUAUAAAACCUUGGUUUUAUUUUAUCACUCACUAUUGCUUCUCAAUGUCCAUAAAGAAUAUUCUUGUGGGAUUUUUGUUGUUGGUAUUUUUUCCUUAUGUCCAUAGCACUUUUUUCACGUCAAUUCACAAAUUCAGUGCAAUUAUACUUUGUUCUGCUCAACAAAAAAAAAAAAGAAGGUGCAAAAGCUUGUUCAUAAGCCCCUCAUUUUAUCUUAUAUGCAAUGUUGACAAAUGAUAUAAUCUUUACUGUGGUCCAUUUAUCUUGUAA